AUGUCCAGCAAUCACUCUCUCCUGGAGGAGGACCUCUCCUGCCCCGUGUGCAGGGACAUCUUCCGCGACCCCGUGGUGCUGAAGUGCAGCCACAGCUUCUGCGGGGCGUGCCUGGACGGGCACUGGGAGGCGAGCGCCGCUCAGGACUGCCCCGUCUGCAGGCGGGUGGCGUUGGGGGACGAGCCCGUCCUCAACCUGACCCUGCGCAACACCUGCGAGUCGUACCUGCGGGAGAGGGAGCGGCGCGGGCCCCAGAGGCCCUGCCCAUUGCAUGGGGAGACACUGAAGCUCUUCUGCACGGAGGACCAGCAGCUGAUCUGUGUGGACUGCCUCACCCAGCAGCACCGGGACCACGCCUUCUGCCCCCUGGAGGCUGUGCUGCCGAACUGCAAGGAAGAACUCCUGACUAUUCAGAAGCUCCUGCAGACCAAGCUCGGAGUCUUCAAGGACGUCAAACUGACCUGCUAUCAAACCGCUCAUUACAUUAAGAUCCAGGCCCAGCACACAGAGAGGCACAUACGGGAGCAGUUUGAGAAACUUCAUCAGUUUCUGCGAGAGGAAGAGGAGGCCAGGAUCGCCGUGCUGAGGGAGGAAGAGGAGCAGAAGAGCGAAAUGAUGAAGGAGAAGAUAGAGAAGAUGAAAAGAGAGAUAUCCUCUCUUUCUGACAUGAUUAGGGCCAUAGAGGAGGAGCUGGGAGCUGAGGACAUCACUUUGUUGGAUAACUACAGAGACACCAUGAAAAGAAUCUCCAGCACACCCCAGGAGCCGAAGCUGACUGAAGGGGCGCUGAUCGAUGUGGCCAAACACCUGGGAAACCUGAAGUACAGAGUCUGGGAGAAGAUGCUGGGGACCGUGCAGUACACUCCUGUGACCCUUGACCCCAACACCGCUGCCCCCUGCCACAUCCUGUCAGAGGACCUGACCAGCGUGAGGUACAGGAGGUCUCAGCAGCUUCCCAACAACCCGGAGAGGUUCUCCAACUAUGAGGCCGUCCUGGGCUCCCAGAGCUUCAGCUCGGGCAGACACCACUGGGACGUGGAGGUCGGGGACAACACGGACUGGUGCCUGGGCGUGGCCAGGGGGUCGGUCAGAAGGAAGGACGACAUCAACCUGCGGCCAGAGGAGGGCCUGUGGAGCAUCGGCCUGUUCCUGGGCAGCUACGCGGCCUACACUUCACCCGUCACGCCCCUUGAUGUGAGGAAGAAGCUCCACAGGGUCAGGGUUCAACUGGACUGGGACGCGGGGCGGGUGUCCUUCUGCGACCCUGCCGACGGCACCCCUCUCUACACCUUCACACACCCCUUCGCCGAGGCAGUGUACCCCUACUUCCUGACCGUCUGCCGGCACCACCCCCUCCGUGUUCUGCCCGUGAAAGUGUCCAUGACAGCAGAAGAAAAUGCCAAGGACAUCUUCCGCGACCCUGUGGCGCUGAAGUGCAGCCACAGCUUCUGCGGGGCGUGCCUGGACCGGCACUGGGGGGCGAGCGCCACCCUUGACUGCCCCGUCUGCAGGCAGGUGGCAUCAGGGGACGAGCCCGUCCUCAACCUGACCCUGCACAACACCUGUUUAGGGGACCCCGCCGUUGUCCCGGGGCAGGUGGGGUGCUCGCUGUGCGGUGAGAAGAGUCCUGCGGCGGUGGCGGCGGGGGCGGGGGCGGAGGCGAGUGGCCCGGGGGGCCGUGCCGGUCCGGAGGAUUUACCACCCGUCUGUUGGGAGAAGCUGAAAGCCGCAGUGAAGCCUCUGCAGAAGAGGCUGGAGUCAGCUGAGAAAGUCAAACACACCUGUCACCAAGCGGGAGAGCAGGCAAAGAUCCAGGCCCGGCACACAGAGAGACACAUACGGGAGCAGUUUGAGAAACUUCGCCAGUUUCUGCGAGAUGAAGAGGAGGCCAGGAUCGCUGCACUGAGAGAGGAAGAGGAGCAGAAGAGUCAGGUGAUGAGGGAGAAGAUAGAGAAGAUGGACAAAGACAUAUCCUCUCUCUCUAACACAAUUAAGGUCAUGGAAGGGGAGCUGGGAGCUGAGGACAUCUCCUUUCUGCAGGAAUACAAGAGCACAAUGAUGAGGGCAUGGAACACCCCACAGAACCCCGAGAGGGUCCCAGAGGGAGCGCUGAUCGAUGUGACCAAACACCUGGGCAACCUCAAGUACAGAGUCUGGGAGAAGAUGCUGGGGACGGUGCAAUACACCCCCGUGACUCUGGACCCAAACACCGCGGACCCCUUCCUGGUGCUGUCUGAUGACCUCACCAGUGUGGUUGACAGUGGCCGGAGCCAGCAGCUCCCUGACAACCCCGAGAGGUUCCACCCGUACGCCUGCGUCCUGGGGUCCGAGGGCUUCACGGCCGGGAGGCACAGCUGGGAGGUGGAGGUGGGCGACAGCACCAACUGGACUCUGGGCGUGGCCCUGGGGUCCGUCUGCAGGAAGGAGGAGUUCUCGGCCUGCCCGGAGGAGGGGGUGUGGUGUAUUAGCCUGCGUUCCGGGGAGUACAGGGUCAUGGCCUCGCCUUGCGCCCCGCUCCCCGUGAGGAAGACACUCCGGAGGGUCAGAGUCGAGCUGGACUGGGACGCAGGGUGGGUGUCCUUCUCCGACCCGGCCGACGGCGUCCCCCUCCACACCUUUACGCACCCCUUCGCCGAGGCGGUGUACCCCUACUUCGAGAGCGUCUGCGAGCGUCGCCGGCUGAGAAUAUUGCCGGAGAAGGUGUCUGUGCGAGCGGAGGAAAACCAGCCCGCGCCGAGCAGCGAGAAUUACCGCUGCGAUUCGCCUGCCUGAUGCCCCAACCCCCACCCCCCGAGAACCUUCCCUGAGGGGCCACAUGCGUUCUGGUUGUUAUUUUAGCCAAGCGCCCUGGUGUUAGUGGUCCAGCUAUGCAAUUACCUCUGUGUUUGUACCUACCUUUCCUUAAAUACAGUG